AUGACUAAUCCCCAAACUUCUCUCUACGAACUAAUCAAACAAAAAUCUCAAAAAAAAGGUCGUCGUCCGUUAAAAAUCGUUUGUGAUUGGGAUGAUUGUAUGUUUUCUACUCGGCCGACUGCUGCUCAUAAAUUUGCUAGAGCUGAUUUCCCUUUUAAAGAGUUUUUUGAGGAUUUUUGGGAAAAUGUAACUGCAAUUAGUGCUGACCAAAAUAAUCCUAGUGCAAACAAAAUAUUUACUUAUAAUGGAAGUGGCGAAAUAAAAGAAGCUCAUAAUAAAUUUAGAAAACUAGAAGAAGAAAGAAAGGUAGAUACUGAUAAGAACAAUCCUAAAUACAAAAAAUUAAAUGUAGUUGAUGAUCAGCCUUUUUUAUCAACUGCUGAGGAUUUAUUACAAUGUUUAAAAGAAGAUUUGAUUAGUGAAUUAGUGAUUAUUAGCGCUACUUUUAGUAAAAAAAAAACUGGCUCUGCUAAUCAACCCCAAAACGACAACCCGCAAAAAUUAACGGAAAAAGAUUUAGAAAAAUACUUGCUGGAAAAAAGGUUAGAAUUAGAAAAAUAUUUUGUUUUUAAUUUAGGAGAGUUGGAAACUAUGAAAACAAGGCCAGCAACAAAUAGAAAUGGGGGAGUUCAAGUCAAUUGGCGCCUCACUUCUUCCGGAACACUUACCGACCAUCUUACCAAACUAGCCGCUGUUUAUGAAAAGCAGUUUGAGAAAAAAGGUUAUGAGUUGAAAAACAUCCCACUUAGAAAAAACCUAAUCUGUUUUUUAGGAAGCAAUUUUGAUAGUGUUGACGACCUUUCUGAUGAAUAUAGUGGGGAUAGAUUAGACCAAAAAAUUACAAUCUUGCGGAGGAACAAUGUCUUCCAAGUAAGAACGAAGCAUCCCACUACUACCAUUUGCGAUAGUAAAGAAAAAGCGUUGGAAAUUAUAAAAACCGACCCCGCUCUCGCUGUUAUUGAUAGUCUAGCCCAAAAAUUAGCAGUAAGUUUAAAACAAAAAAAGUUUAAUGGUUGGUAUUAUCAAACCCCAGAAUAUAUUCUUCUCAAGCCGCAAACUUUCAUGAAUAAUUCGGGCGAAUGCGUUUCAGCCUUUAUAAGUUAUUUUCAUAUUUCUUUAGAUAAUUUAUUAGUAAUUUAUGAUGAUAUCGCUUUACCGUUAGGAAAUUUUCGUUAUCGCCUACAAGGCUCCGACGGCGGACAUAACGGACUAAAAAAUAUUAUUGAACUAUUGGGAAGCAAACAUUUUCCAAGGUUGCGAAUUGGUAUUGGUUAUGACCGAAGUUUUUCUCUUCAUAACUGGGUUUUAGAAAGAUUAUCAGCGGCAUUAAGCAAAGAAACAAGUGAUAUUGAACUUUACGAAAAACAAUAUGGCGAAGCCGAAGAAAAAGAAUUAGAGAGAAAGCUGAGUGAGAUAGACAAAGAAGGUGAUGAAUUAUUUUUUGAGGUCAAAAAAGUACUUAGUGAGGAAAGAGUCGAACAAAUUGGCGAAGAAAUAACGGAAGAAAUGAAAAAAGAAAUUUUAGCUGAGAGAGAGAGAAAUGUCCCACCACAGCAGCCCAAUCAAACCCCGCCUCCUACUCAGUCCCCUCAGCAAACUAAUCGAAUAAAACAAUUAGAGCAAGAAAAAUCCCAAUUACAACAAAAAAUCCAAGAAUUAGAACAACAAUUAGCCAACAGUCAAUUAAGUGCCAGCGAGCGGCAAGAAAAAGAGCGACAGUUAACCGAUAGCAAAAAUUCUCUCCGCGACAAAAAUAAAGAAUUAGACCAAUUAAAAAAUAAUCCUUCCGAUAACUCGCCAAAUCUAACUAAUAACAAUAAUAAUAAACUCAAUUGA